AUGGAAGAAGAGAGUUCAGUGAAACUGAUUUCGGUAUCCGACCUACUCCAUCGUCUCCGCCCUAUCACCGGCGCGUCGUCACUCUCGCCCAGCCAUUCAAUUCGUCGUCCUACUCUGUACAAAGACAAACCUCAGCCAUCUGAUCCACAAAACCCUAAUAUCCAUAAAAUCCUUAAACCUCUUAACUACCCAACAGUACUCGUCGGAACCCUAAACCUAACCUUACCUUCUUCAUCUUGUUCUAAUUCAAGUUGCCUCAAAUUCUCCGACCAUUCUGCCGCUGUUUGUUGCGACAUUCUCGACCUUGAUCUUCGGGUUAUUGGCCAAAGAAUCAGAGUCACUGCCUGGAAUUUCCUUCCUAUGAAGCCUCACGGCGGAUAUCUAGAAAUUAUCAGGUGGAGCCUCGAUCAGUCUGAAGAAAAUUCCAUAUCCAAAUUUAACGCAUUCCAUCUGAACUCUGUAGUUCCUGCGUAUGAAGAAAGUAUAGUUCCUCGUCACUUAAUCUACGGUUUACUGGAAUCCGUUAGCCCUGUCUCAAAUGUUCCCUGUACAGCCCAUAAAACCGGUACCAGAAACGUUAACGGUUUUCUAGCUGAGAUUACCAUCUGUGAGUGCGCAUUGUGUUGUUCCAGAGACAAGGUUGGUCGGAAGUAUUAUGCUUAUCUCCGGCAUGAAGAAGAAGAUGGUUUUCCUUGGAGAAGGGAAGUCUUUGAUGAUGUAUGUGACCACAGAGAAAGCCAUCCUCCAUCUUCCAGUCUCUAA